AUGUUGCGCAACUUUUCCGUUCUAGGACUCCUUUGCGUCGUCACAAGCGGUGCCGCGAGAGGAUCAUGUGCUAAUUGCUGUGCAAAGCUUGCCUCGUCGCUGCCGGGCAAGGUGUUUUCUCCUGAUAGCGCUGCAUACGAAGCCUCUCUAGCUUCGUAUUGGGCUUUGCAGGAACAGCUCAUCACGCCAUCAUGCAUCGUGUCUCCAACGACUGCGAUCGACGUCUCGACAGCCCUGAAGAUUAUAGUGCCCGACUCAUGCAAGUUUGCCGUACGCGGUGGAGGUCAUGGGACUGCAGUGGGAGUUGCCAACAUAGAGGACGGCAUCACAAUAGACCUUAGAGGCAUCGACACCAUUGUGCUGAGUGAAGAUAAGGAGCAAGUGGCUGUUGGGGGAGCUGCGACACUGGGGGAUGUCUACACUUAUUUAGCUCAGUACGGAGUUUCGAUUCCAGGCGCGCGCGCUGCUGGAAUAGGUGUUGGAGGAUCAACUCUGGGUGGCGGAUUCGGAUACUUCGCGCCCAGUCAAGGACUCGCUGCCGACUCCGUGGCUGAAUACGAAGUCGUCCUGGCCAACGGCGACAUCAUCACAGCAAACCAACAGAGCAACAGCGAUCUGUGGAGGGCGCUAAAGGGUGGGGGCAGCAAUUUCGGGAUCGUCACCAAAUUGACGUUCAAUACGUUUCCUCUGGGAGAGGUUUGGGCCGGCGAUGUUUUCUUCUCGGUAUCAAACGAGACCGUGCAAAGUACGGCAACGGCCUUAUACAACUUCGCGUCAAAUCCCGACUACGAUGAAAAUGCCAGCGUCUUCGUGCUAUACGCUUAUCAGAACGCGCCGGUCGUACUGGUAGAGUAUACCUACACUGCACCUGUUGUAGAUGCUCCUGUCUUCGACGAGUUCGAAGCUGUGCCUGGUCAGCUUCUGAAUACUACAGCCGUGACUACAAUCCCUACGCUGAGUGCAAGCUCUCAAGCCCAAUCUCCCAGUGGUUUCGAGCAAAUCACAUUCGCGAUGACGUUUGUGAACGAUGAGCAAAUGAUCCUCGAGGCCUAUAACAUUAUGAUCGCUGCAAGUUCCAAGCUCACUGGAGUAGCAGGCGCGGCGAUAGGUUUGACACUGCGGCCGAUUGUCCCCUCGAUGAUACGCCCCGACGAUGUGCUCGGCCUCGAGGUGCCUGCCCAAGGCUUGAUCCAAACCAUCGGAUCCGUCCAAUUCAACCUAACUGCAGAUUAUUCACUCAUGAACAACGUGGCAGACCAGAUGCUGAGCGAUCUUGAGGCAGCGGCCAAGAGGCUCGGCGUGUACAAUCGAUACAUCGACAUGAAUCAUGCUAAAACAGAGCAAAAGGUCUUGGAGGGUUAUGGGUCUCGGAACUAUGAGUUGUUGAAGGCAGCCGCUGGAAAGUAUGAUCCUAAAGGGGUCUUCCAGAAUUUGAUGCCGGGAGGCUUCAAGUUGCUGUGGGUUGAGUUCUACAUUUUGGCACCGUUCGACUCCUCGGAUCAUUGA